CCGGCAUGUGCCAAGGCAUUGCGAAGUGUGGGAAAAGCGUGGAAAUCAGCUGCAGAAAUGGGUUUUCCUCAAAUUUUUGUGCACCGUCUAGGGAAUAAAGAAGACAACAGGGAAGCUUCGCAGCAAUCUUCCCGGCCAAGAAGCGGUGGUUAGAAGCACGCAUGAAACACGUGGUUUUUAUCAGGAUGAGCCUCAACAUGAGCUGGAGCUGCUUGCAUUGCCAUCAACUAUCCCGGAAGGAUUCAAAGCAGUUCGCAAGAGAUGGAUUUUUUGGUUUCACCGGGAGAAUUGUAAGGUCAUCAGUUGCCGUAAGAAGAGACGAGAUAAGCAGGCGGAUUUGCAACAGUUUGCAUGGCUGGAGGAAAGCAUCCUUUCACUGAAGGAAUUCAGGAUACGCAAAGAAUAGUGGAUGGAUUACAGUGUGACUGUGAGAAAGGCAGCAAAUUGUCUCGUUGUGGUCGCGAGGAACGCAUAGACGAGUGCGCAAGAUCGAAUUUGGGGGAAGUAUGGAUUGGAACGAGGGUGAUCUUGUGUGGUUUGAUCCGGGUCUCGGGCAUCCGUUGCCGGGUGAAAUCCAAGAAGUCCAUCGAGCAGCGCAAGUAAUAAUAGUUCAGGCGGUUAUCAAUGGAAAGCCACAGACAUUCACGUUGUCUCUGGGCGAGGGCAAUCUACAGGCGCGCCAGGACUUGGGCGGAAGCGGUGUGGAUGACAUGACACAGCUGGAUGAUCUCCACGAGGCGUCUCUGCUGUGGAAUCUGCGUCUGCGCUACGAUCAUGGGCUGAUCUACACGUUCGCCGGUAGCAUUCUCAUCGCCGUGAAUCCGUACAAGAUGUUCCCGGACUCCUAUGGACUGGAGGUGGCGAAGAAGUACGCCGGCCGUCCUCUGGGCACUCUUCCGCCUCAUCUGUUCGCCAUCGGCGCGGCCGCUCACGCUGCUCUGCCGUCGCCGCAAGUUGUGGUGAUCUCUGGCGAAUCUGGCGCUGGCAAGACGGAGUCCACGAAGCUGGUGAUGCAAUAUCUAGCGGCAGUUGUGCCUGGCGGCGGAUCUGCCAGUGCUGUCAUCACUGAACAGAUUCUCGAGGCGGCGCCGCUGCUGGAGGCGUUCGGAAAUGCGCGAACGGCUCGGAAUGACAACAGUUCGCGUUUUGGGAAGUACUUGGAGGUGUACUUCAAGCAAGGUGCCAUUGUGGGUGCGAAGAUCACGCAGUACCUGCUGGAGAAGUCAAGGAUUGUCACUCAGGCGCCCGGCGAGAGGAACUACCACGUUUUCUACGAACUCCUCGGCGGCCUCUCGGAUGCUGAGCGCACGAAGUACGGGCUUCUGGAGGCGGAGAAGUACUUCUAUCUCAAUCAGGGUGGCUCCGAUUGUGCGCCCGGCCGGGUGGAUUGGGAGUCGCUGCAGGGCGCUAUGCAGGUGCUAGGCGUGACUGAGAGUGAACGUGAGGGAAUCGUACGUGUGCUGGCGUCUGUGCUGCAUCUGGGAAACAUCUACUUCCAUCGGCGGCAGCUGCGCCAUGGCCAGGAGGGCGUGGAAGUGGGCUCUGAUGCGGAGAUCAAGUGGUCAGCGCAUCUGCUGCAGAUCUCCAGUGAGGGUUUGCUGCGAUCGCUCACGACGCGUAUUACGGAAGCGCGUGCUGAACGCCUGCACACGCCAUUGAGCAUCGAUCAGGCGCUAGACGUGAGAGAUGCCUUCGCGAAGGCCCUCUAUUCGGGCCUCUUCAGCUGGCUCGUGUCACGUAUCAAUUCAAUUGUGCACAAGGGUGGAACUCACGAUGCCCAGCGAAUAUCGAUUCUCGAUAUAUUUGGCUUUGAGGAUCUCGCGGAAAAUUCCUUUGAGCAACUGUGCAUCAAUUAUGCCAAUGAGAAUCUCCAUUUGUACUUCAACAAGCACGUCUUCAAGCUGGAACAGGCGGAAUACGCGAGGGAAAGACUCGAGUGGACGCCACUCACAUGGGAGGACAAUUUGCCAGUGAUUCACUUGAUGGCCAAGAAACCCGUGGGUAUUUUUCACCUCCUCGAUGACGAAUCCAACUUCCCACGUGCCACGGAUCUGAGCUUCCUGGAAAAGUGUCACUAUAAUCACGCCCUCAGUGAGUUGUACUCACGACCGCGAAUUGGUGCGCAGGAGUUCGGUGUGAAUCACUAUGCUGGCCAGGUGUGGUACUGCGUGGAGGGUUUUCUUGAGAAGAAUCGCGAUGCUCUGGCGCUGGAUUUGCUGGAGUUACUGUCGUCCAGCAAGCAACCACUCAUCGCGGACAUGACGCGCAUGCUGAGGGCGCAGCGUGAUGCUGGCAAAUCGAUGCCACGCGGUGCCAAUGGACGCUUCGUGACGAUGAAACCGCGCACGCCAACCGUCGCGGCGCGCUUCUCGGACUCGCUGCAGCAGCUGCUGCAAUCGAUGGCGCGAUGCAAUCCGUGGUUUGUGCGCUGCAUCAAGCCGAACAAUGACAAACAGGCGCUGCGUAUGGACAUGCCGUGCGUGCUGCAGCAGCUGCGCUACCUCGGCAUGCUCGACACCAUCCGUAUCCGCCAGAAGGGCUAUCCUGUGCGCCUGCGCUUCCAGCACUUCGUCGAGCGCUAUCGCCACAUGCUGAAGACGCCUAUUCCCAGGGGCACGCCAUACCGCGAACUGUGCCGCAUGGUGCUGGACGCACUGCCGAAGACCGCCACCGAGGGCCCUGACUUCCAGCUCGGAGCCACGCGCGUAUUCCUGCGCGAGGAUCUGCAUCGCAUCCUCGAAGGUGGACGCUCGGAGAGGCUCCGCAAUGCCGCCGUGGUGGUUCAGAAGCACGUGCGCGGAAUGCUGGCGCGCAAGAGAUUGCAACGUCAACGGCGGGCGGCCGUGAAGAUUCAGUCCGUGUGGCGCGGCAGGAGGCAGAAGAGAUCCUUCCAGAACCUCAAGGAGGCCACAGUGAAGGCUCAGGCGCUGUAUCGUGGCAAGGUGCAGCGGAAGCGCUAUGGUAUGUUGAAGACGGAGAUGAAGAGGCGGCGCGAUGCCGAGAAGGCGCAGCGCGAGCGCAUGGCGCAACGCCUGGCGAAGGAGCAGAGCGAGAGGAGUCCUGUCGUGCACCUGGACGUGCCGGCAGAGUUGGCGUUCAUCUUCUCGAAGAUUGAGGGCUGGAGUUCCGUUCACGGCGAUCGGCAUCUGGUGAAGGUGGUGGGAACUGUUCCUGGACCACCAGCCACGGGAAAUCUGCCCUCAGAUUUGGAUCAAUUCGCCUUUGGCAAGUUCAGUUCGGUGUACUGCAAUGGCGCACGACUUGGUGCUCGACGCGAUCCCAUCAACACGCCGUUUCUGUCGCGCGCCGCCGCUCGUGAUCAAGACUUCCAGGACGCUCUGGCCAUGUUCAAGCUUAUUUUGCGUUGGACCGGGGACUCGACGAUUGAUGGCGUAAAGGAGAAAACCCUGGCGGACUACAUUGUGCACAAGGGAUUGUCCAGCCGAGGCUUGAGGGAUGAAAUCCUUGUGCAGUUGUGCAAUCAAUCCUAUCGCACGGAUCCCACUCACGCGCAGCGUAUCUGGCAACUGAUGACACACUGUCUGUCGUGCUUCCAGCCCGGAUCGGCGCUGAAUAAGUAUCUGAUCAAGUUUGUGAUUGAUAAUGCCCCGGACGCCAUGCGAGAGAUGCUGCUGAAGAAGCUUCUACGCUAUAGUAAUGGCUUGCAAGCGCCGUCUUGCCGGCUAUUUCCGCCGACUUGGCUUGAGUGGCGAUCGACGUCGCGCAUGUCAGACAUCGCCAUUGGCCUCACUCUGCCCGAUGGCGUCACGCAAACCGUGGCCAUUGACUCGUGGACGACGUGCGAAGAGGCAGCGGGACUGGCGGUGUCAUCAAUGGGCAUUCCCAGCUCCGGAUGGACGGUCGUGAUGGAUGACACGGGUUUGAUCACAGAUUCCUGUGGGCUGGACUUUGUGCUGGAUCUCGUGGCGGAGAAGGAACUUUGUCCGGCUUUUCCGGCUGUGCGCAGUGACUUGAUGCGCUGCGGCCGGAAGAAUUCCCAAGUUGUGGUGUCAGACAUUGAAUUGAGUAGUCCGCGAAGGCCUCAAGUGCCACCGCCUGAGCCGCCACGGGCGGCAAGUGUGCAGGAGAAUGUCGUGGAGAAGAAGAUUGAGCGUGAGGAGCGCAAAGUAGACUAUCGGCCGUUCGAGAGUGUGGCGCGGAAGACUUCCCAUGAUCUGCUGUCGCGCAGUUCGGCCCUCAAUGAGCGAUACUUCGAAGUGGAGAAGACACGAUCACGGUCUCUGGAUGAUCUUCUCGCCGGCGAGUCGGUGGAAAUUGUCUCGCGUCCAAGUCCUGAACCGCUGACGACUCUGGGAUUGUCUGAGAGUCGCCUGAACGAUCGAUAUCACUCCACUGAGCGUCUGGCGCCGACCAAGCAGGCUCAAGAUCCGCCGCCGCGCUACCAGAAGUCCCAAUACGCCGGCAAGCGCUCUGCUAGCUCGCACUCGAGCAAGUACAUCGACAGAGCAGAGUACGGGAUCAGAUCGUCAGCCAUGUCGGACACCAGCGAGGCGCCUUCGCUCGCGAGCCACGUAAGACGUGUGAGAGUGCCCUCGCAGGCCUCGGAUGUCGAUCAGUUCCUGGACGAGCUCUUCAGUCCGGUACUCGAUGGGUCGCUGGAUGAGUUGUCUGACGCUCGCUCUCUGGCGGCCAGCAUCCGCGGCGGCGGCGGAGAGGAAUUCGACGCCUUUGCAAAUGCUGACCUCAUGGAUGCCGACAUCGCCGAGCUCUGCAGUGCAGCUCAGCUCAUGAGCCACAUUAAAGGGGGCGGUGAAAAGGCUGCCCAGUCGCAAGAUCCCGACGCUGAGGUGGCGUCCAUCACGGAUCAACUGGAGAUAUCAGUGGAUGACUACAUCACGAACCUCUUCCAGCCCAUCUUCAUAAACGAUUCCUUGCGGCAUCUCACGGAGAAGGCGGAACUCGUGGAGGCGAUCAAGGGUGGCGGAACGGCGCAGGGCCAGGCGAAUGGCUUUGGCGGCGCCGUGCGUCCGGCUGGCGACGGUUCGCUCGUGUAUCAGCAUCAAGUGCAACGCGCCUUCCUCGAGUCGGCAAUGGCGCAGAAUCUGCAGAUUCAACAGCAACUCAUGGAGCAGAAUCAGGCGCUGCAGAGUCUGCUGAGGCAGCAAGAGACUACCCCAGCGUCGCCAUCUGGCAGGAAGCCCAGCUUCAAGGGGCGCUCCUCGUCAUCGCCCUUCCUCGACAUGUUGCGCAAUCGCAAGAUUUCGUCCGAGAGCGGCGGAUCACUUAUUCCGCCGCCUCCACCGCCGCCCAUGCCGCCUCCGCUGGAGUUCAAGGAUCCGUCCGAGGCCAGGCCUUUCAUUGAUCCCUAUGGGCGCGCUAAGACUGUCCGCAUCGGCAAGUGGCGCUGGCCGCCACCUCAAGACACACCCAUGAAUGAAACUGACGAGAACUUCUUGCACUUCAAGAUGCGCCAGAACCAGCGCAAGACGAGUCCGCAUGCCCACAAUCAGUCUGGGGACUCGCCCAACGAUCCCAGCGCCGUUGAAUGGGAGGAGUUUGAGGUGGAUCACGUGAUGAAGAAGGCCAAGGACUCCACAGCAUCGCUGGAGCAGCAGCAGCAGCAGCAGGUGAAUCAUCAGAGUGUGCCGAUGAAGGCCGUGCAGCAGCGCAGGAGUUUUGAGAUUGGGGCGGAGCGCCCUCCGCCGGGCAGCGUGGGGAAGCUGAAACUGAGCUCGGAGAUGCGGCAGCGACUGGAGCAAGUCACUGCUGGGCAUUCGGUGCGAUCGUCCAACAGCACGCGCUCUGACAGACCCGAGAGGGCGCCGGCGAAGCUGGAGGAUGCGCGCCGAAUGAUGCUGGAGCAGCAGCUGGGUGGCAGCGGCAUGUUCCAGAGUCCAGAGAUACCGUCGGUGAGAAGUCAAGUACAACGUAUGGAGCUCGGCAAGCGGCCAACGCCGCCUCCAUGGCCAGUGGUUCUACCGCCGGCUCCUCCUGGUCCGGCGCCACCGCCGCCAAUAAGGCCGCCGAACAGCGUGCCGCCAGUUCCACCACCACCGGCUCCGGUGGUGCCACAGCAAUUGCAGCAGCGCGGCGACUCGGCAGUGAACGAACUGCCGGCCUUCAUGCAGCGCCAGGAGCGCGACACUUUCGGCGCUCGUCCGGCAUGGAAUGCCAGCGAUACCGGUAAGGACACGUGCGACUCGUGGGGAAAUGCAGAAGCGGCCAAACUUGACAUGGUCUAUGACAACAGCUUCAAGCAGGACAUCUCGAUGGAUAGAGAGAGAUCGCGGUCGCGAUCGAGGUCGCGGGAUCGCGAGAAUUUCAGCGAGGCCGUAUGGGAUCGGGCGGAGGUCGAGGGUCCGCCGUCAAGUGGAAGCGAUCGCGAGCGGGAGAAGGAUCGCGAGAAGCGCGAGCGCCUGUAUGAGAUUCGUCAGGUGGAGCGCGAGCGGGAGAGCAACAAGGUAUAUCAGCCGAUUCUGCCCAAGAGCAUAGCGCCAGAGAAGGACAGAAUGCGCGCGCCGGCCGAGAGGGCGACUUUCAAGACGCACAUGGCGCAGAAAAGUGCGCAGGAGCGUGAGCGCAAGAGCUCUGCGUCCACGCUGGUGUCCACGAACACGGACAAGAUGGACGAAUCGGAGAUGGUGAUUGACGAUUGGCCAAUGCCGGCAAUUCCGGCUCCUGUGCCGGCGCCGCCGUCCUUCAAGACGCCAGCGACUGCGUGUCUCACGUACAAUCGCGUGCCAUGGAAGUUGCGCGUGCGCAAGGAAGUCUUCCGUCCCGGCGAGGCGCUCGGGCCGCCGGCGUCGCUGGAUCUGCUCUUCGCGCAGAUUGCUACCGAUGUAUUUGGGCGCACGGCGUCGUUGCGAAUUGCACCGGCCGAUCGGCGGGCGGCGCUGAAUCUACUGGAAGGACACGGCGUGACGCUGGAGAACAUGUCCGGCCAGGUGCGUGCCAUUGUGAAGCGUCACUUGGUGGACUUGGCGCGCAACUGGCCGUUCUAUUUCGCGCGCCUGUUCACGGUGAGCGGAUCGUCACAGCUGCCGGAGGUCAGCAUCCUAGCCGUGUCGCACAGUGGCGUGUAUCUGGCGCGGCGCAACUCUGAGCAUCUCAUCGUGAUCCGCUCUGUGCCCUUCGCUGAACUCCAGGGCGCUACGACUCUGCCGCGUCCGGCUGCGCUUCAGCUCACGCUCAGGAGCGGCACGCGGGUCACUGUGCACGCGCCCAGGGCGUCAGCCAUCCAGAGCAUGGUGCAGACAUUCUGUCAGGAAUACAAGAUGAUUCACUCGAAGACAUCAACGUUGUCUUCAGGAGCUCGAGCGGCGGCCGCGACUUUGAAUGCAAGUCACACUGAGCGUCAUCAUCAUCAGGAGGCGAUGAUGGUUCGACGCCAAGCAACUUCUCCGUCUGCAGGACAGCAGCGUCAUGAGGAUCACGACGUGACUGAGCAAACGCAGCCUAUACACAAUGGGCGCAAGCUCUCAUCGCCCGGACACCACAAGACGUCCAUCAACCAUCAGGACGUGCUGAUGCAGCAACAGAUGAGAGACGACGACGCCGUUCCGAUGAAUGGCGUCUCCGCAGGAUCAGCGAAAUAUUCCCUUCUGCAAUUCGCAGCUCAGCAUUUCCGCAAUGAUGUCCAGAAUGACGAUGCCAAAAUUGCGCCGAUUGUGACGCGUGGCGAGAAGAGAUCGUCGAGUGGCUCGAGGCCACAAUUGGAUCUCGUGAGAUGGCAAGCGACUGCUCUGAAGACACCUCUGUUGCGUCUCCCGUCGGACUUGGCAAUGCUGGCGCUCGAGUGCUUCGAAUGCAUCCUUCGCUACUGCGGAGAUCUUCCCUCGGAUCCCGAUCUCACGGAAGUUCAAUGCGUCUACACGAUUCUCAUGCAUUGCCACAAACAUCUUACACUGCGUGAUGAGGUCUAUUGUCAACUGAUGAAGCAAACGACACUGAAUCGUUCGCCAAAUCCAGAGUCAGUGCAGCGAGCUUGGCGCCUUCUCAGCAUCCUGGCGGCGUACUUUGGGUGCUCAGACGCCCUGCGUCCGUAUUUGAUGGAGCAUUUGUCGGUGGCGGCGUCCGAUCGACGGCGUUCUUGUCACGGAACGGCGGCUGUUUGUCUGACGAAUCUGCGGAAGACAGCUCGCUGCGGAGGACGCAAAAAUGUGCCAAGCGUUGAGGAAGUCACCGCUGUCUCAGCCGGAAGAUCCGCGCGUCGACAGAUCUAUCGUCUUCCUGGUGGAGCUGAGCGUGUUGUGAACACGCGCUGUUCCACUGUUGUUGCGGACGUGAUUGCUGAACUGUGCUCACUCCUGGGCAUUGACAGUGGCGCUGAGCAGCAGGAAUUCUCGCUGUACUGCAUCGUCCAAGGAGACGCCUUCACGAUGCCUCUGGCGGCAGAUGAGUAUAUCCUGGACGUGACGACGGAGCUGCUCAAGUCCGGACAGCCGUUCUAUCUCAUCUUCUGCCGCAGCGUCUGGCACUUCCCGCUGAAGCGCGAUCCCGUGCCGACGCCGCUCUACGUGGAGGUUCUGUUCAAUCAGGUGGCGCCUGACUAUCUCGAGGGCUUGCUGCUGGAGUUGCCUGGCGGUGGAGCGCCGCCGCCGGACGUGGUGCGCGACAUGGCGCGCGUGGCGUCACUGCUUCAUCGCGCCGCGGACUUGAGUCACGUGCCGACGAUGAAGGAGAUCAAAUUCCUGCUGCCAAAGCCGGCGCUGGGCAUCCGUGAGCUGCGUCCAGCACAGUGGGUGGCGCUCGUGCAGUCAUCCUGGCCGUCCGUGGCGCCACUGAGUCCGGGCCAGGUGAAGGCGCAGUUCCUGGCCGUGCUCGCCACGUGGCCGCUCUUCGGCAGCAGUUUCUUCGCCGUGAAGCGCGUGUGGACAGAUGACGGUGGUCAGCUUGAGGAUUCCUCAUCGAUGUGGCGAGAAUUGAUUCUGGCGCUGAAUCGCAAAGGUGUCUUGUUCCUGGAUCCUAACAGUCACGAGACAAUGCAGCAUUAUCCCUUCACAGAAGUCAUCUCCACGCGGAAGGUGCGAUCUGAGGAUGGAGCGCUGUUCCUGGAUAUGAAAGUGGGCAAUCUGAUGCAGCAGCGUGUCAUCCGCGUGCAGACUGAGCAGGCACAUGAGAUUUCACGCCUCGUGCGGCAAUACAUCACGAUGGCUCAGGUGCAGCAGAGAGACAGGCGAGAGUAGACGCUUAUGUAUUAUUAAAUUGGUGGAAUGAGGAAUCUCUAUUGCAACGAAUUAGUGUCUAUUUAUUAGGAAUUACGCAGAUCUAUGAUAGAAGUAAUGUUAUUAAUUAAUUAUAACAUAACAAUUACAUUUUUCCCCUUAAUAAUACAAAAAAAACAGACGCGCAAUCUGCAAAAUAAACAGUAUGAAUGUAAUCUUUCUUCCGUCAUUAUUAUCUUUGUUGUAAAGAAGGCAUUUUUACCUAAUGGCUAUAUUUUAUGUUUAAUAAAAUACAAACCUAUUAUCAGAAUAA